GGAGCGAGAAGAAUGCGAGGACGGUGGAUAGAGAGACGAUUACAGUUAGAGUGAUGGUGAGAGUGGGAGUGAAGCCCAGCUGGUGCUCAAUUUUCAAUUACAGCUUCCCUCCCCUCCGCCCCUCAAUUUUCAGACCAGUCCUCUGCUUCUCCAAGCCUCGGCUCUUCCUCACCCGCUCCUCCGCCUCCUCUUUGCUACUCAAAUCCUCGGAGUCUUCUUCUUCUUCAGCUAAAGGCUUCUCGGAUGGCCUCUUGGACCCUUUUCUCUCUUGUUCCAUGCCCAACUAUCCGCUCAAAGUUGCCGUUCUUCUUAGCGGCGGCGUCGAUAGCAGCGUCGCCCUCCGCCUCCUCCACGCUGCUGGCCACUCCUGCACUGCCUUCUACCUCAAAAUCUGGUUUCAAGAAGACUUCGAUAAUUUUUGGUCGGAAUGCCCGUGGGACGAAGAUUUGAAGUAUGUUAAAGCUGUUUGUGAUCAGGUUGAUGUACCAUUGGAAGUCGUUCAUUUGACGGAGGAAUAUUGGAAGAACGUGGUUUCCUACAUAAUUGAAGAAUAUCGAUGUGGCCGUACUCCAAACCCUGAUGUCCUUUGUAACACAAGAAUAAAGUUUGGUGCAUUCAUGGAUGCAAUAAGCAAUAUGGAGUUUGAUUAUGUUGCUUCGGGGCAUUAUGCAAAUGUUAUUCACCCAUCUGCUGAUCAAAUGGACAGACCUUCGGUUUUAGAACUAUCCAAGGACACGGUCAAAGAUCAAACAUAUUUUCUAUCACAUCUCUCACAGUAUCAGCUUAAAAGACUUUUAUUCCCUCUUGGAUGUAUUCCAAAGGAUGAGGUUCGCAAACUUGCUGCAAAAUUCAACCUGCCAAACAAAGACAGAAAAGAUUCGCAAGGAAUAUGUUUCCUUGGGAAGAUAAAAUUUAGUGAAUUUGUUGCAAGACAUAUUGGGGAAGAGGAAGGUGUCAUAUUGGAAGCCGAGUCUGGAGAUUUCCUUGGUACACAUCGAGGAUUUUGGUUCUACACGAUUGGUCAACGCCAAGGUCUGAGACUCCCUGGAGGACCUUGGUAUGUUGUGGAAAAAGAUAUAAAGAACAAUGUAGUAUUUGUGUCGAGAAAUUAUUUCUCAUUUGACAAAAGAAGGCGCCUGUUCCGUGUUGGAUCACUUAAAUGGCUCACUGUUUCGCCCCCAGACCAAUUUACUGGGCUUCAAUGUAAGGUCCGACAUGGCCCGAGUUUCUAUAGUUGCAAUUUGACGAUGGAACGCGAUGAGGAUGGUCAUGAAGAUAUUGCAGUCGUCCACCUAAACGAAGACGAUCAAGGCCUUGCAGCUGGGCAGUUUGCAGCCUUUUAUGAGGGAAGGAGAUGCAUUGGGUCGGGUGUGAUUUUAGAAUCUUGGGAUGAUCAGGGGUUUCCUGUAUGUGAAAAGGCUCUUGAAAUUGCAGGAAUGGAAGAUAAAUCAAAGCUUGGUAAACCAGUAAAGAUAAAAGUGAAACCAGAGAGUGAUCUGAAAGAACAUGAACAUAAAGAAGAUACAAAAAUAGAAAUACAUGGCGAGUUGAGGAAUCAAAGGACCACUGCGGUCGAGCAAAUAGGAGAGACAUCUUCAGAUGAAGCAAUCACCCCAGCUCCAAUGAAAUGGCUUGGAAACCUUGGGAAGAAGUUGUUGCAGAUAUUUUAACUUUUGUCUCAGUAAAUUUAUGAAACGAAUCCUUCAUCUCAACCAUGCGAUGAAAGUGAACCCCAUAUCAUAAUCGAUAUUACUUUUUGUUUCCA